AUGUAUUAAUAAUAAUUAUAAUAGGAGAGCAUUGAAUUAGGUAAUAAACGAAACUAGACGAGACUACUUGAGUCAAUAAAUGAUCUUAGUUUGCAACAGAAAUAACAGCUCUUGAUAAAUAUUUUACAAAUCCCAAGACAAGAGAGAAAGGCAGAGAUUUUAUAGUUAAUGAGAAUCAUAGUAAUGAAAGUGGAUUUUUUCCAUCAAUUUUAAGUGGAGAAUAUUGAUAAUGAGGCGUAUGAUUAUUGUUUGAGGCAUCUGACAUUUGAAGCCUUUUCCAAAAAUACAGUUAUAUUUGAGAAGGGUGAUUACCCUCACAAUAUGUAUGUAGUAUUGCGUGGAUAAGUGUCCAUAUACUAGAAUGAUUAUUAGUUGGAUUAAAAAAUGACAAAAAAGCAUUCAUUACCCGUAGAUUAGGCUAGAGAAUGCUCACCUACCAAUAGAACCAAGUUUUCUGAUUUUACGAUGAAAAGUUUGGUUCGUUUGACAGAAUUCAAAGAUUGGAAGACUUUUGGUGAGUAAGCAAUUUUAGAUUAGAGAAUGAGAACUAAUUUUGCAGUUUGUGAUGUUGAUUCAACUUUGGCAAUCUUGAGCAAAGAGAAUUAUACAAUUGCUGUAUAAAUCUUGGAGAAGAAAAAAGAACUGUAUCGUAUGAAUAAUUUUAAGUUGAAUCCUAGUUUUUAAGGUUUAAAUAGGAAAUUAAUCAAUAUAAUGCUCUUUACCUAUUAGUCAUCAGAUUACAAAUUUAGAGAUAUAGUUUAUAAGUAGGGUUAGACUGACUCUGAUAUAAUAUACAUUAUCAAAUAAGGAGAAUUCUUAGUGUAUUAGGAUUAAAGGUUGAAUGAGUACCAGCAGAUGAAAGUGAGAAAACAAAUUGCAAUAAUGACAACAGGGGAAAUAUUCGGAGAUUACGAAGCAUUCGAAAGAAUCACACGACAGUUUAAUGUUUAGUGUAAUUCUCACACUGGAAGCCUAAUCAUUAUUCCCUUAUAAUCAUUAUCAUAGAAGUUAUCACAAUUUAAUGAAUAACACUACAUAUAAUAAUUAAAAUCUUUAUGUUUGAAAAAGAACAAAUGGUAUCAUGAUUUCAAAACUAAUAUAGAACAGACUCAAGGGAAAUAUUCGCAUUUCUUUACUAUAUAAGAGUAGAAAUCUAAUAAUGCCAAUGGAUCAUCUAAUUUUUUAGAUUCACCUAGUAAAAUUAUUAAUGAUAAUAAACAAUUCAAUGAUGCAUCAAAAUCAAUAAGCCCUAUACAAGAAUUAAAAAAUACUUUGAAUUAUCUGACAUCAAUAGAUGAUCAAACAAGUGAACAAUUAACAGAAAUAAAUCAAAGCAUUAAUCUUUAAAAAAUAAAAAAUAAAAAUACUAUAUAUGUUGUAUCUCCAGAUAAAUUGUAACCAUUACCUAAAGUGUAAUUAGUUUCUAGUAGAUAAAAAGAGAGAAGCUAGUUAUCAACGCCAGAUCGAUUCAAAUAGGUUAUCAAACAUAAAAUGACAAUUUUAAAAAGAAUGCACAAUCUUUCACCUGAGGACUCUGUAAAUAUGAACACUUUGUAACAGAAGACUAUUUAUGUCCAAUUACCAAAAUAAGUGAAGUUGGAAUAAAACAUUGAGAAGCAUUGGCCAAUCAAGGCUACACUUUAUUUGAAUGAUUUGGAUAAUCGGAUUAGAUAUCAUAGCAAUAAUUAAAAGAUGUAGAAUUGCAACAGCAGCAGAGACUCCAGUGUGGUUUAUGAACAAUUUAGCAUGAGAAUGGAUGGGAGUGAGUAAAAUUCACAAAGGACUAGCAGAAUGGGAAUAUUGAAUAACAUACUAUAACACUCAGUAACAAAGAGAGGCAAGAACAAAAAGAAAAGAGCUUUGACUUUAAAAUAUAGGGAGUACUUGGAGUCACAAUUCUAAGAAAAAACUUAAAACUCUUUGCAUUAUUCUUGA